CUCUUCCGCCCGGAAGUUCCGGAGCCCGGUGCUCUGGGGACGGGGGCAGCGCUGGGCUGGAUGCCGUGCCCCUGGAGCUAACGUGUGGAGAACUUUGGACAGGAGAAUCUGGGAUGUAGGAGCAAGCCAGGCUAGUCCUUUCAUGACUCCGCUCCAUUCACCUUCUCUUCCAGCUCUGUUUCCAGAGUCCUCUGUGUGUUUCUAAGAGCAACGGAAAAUGGAUACAUCUUUGGGGUUGGUGUCAUUUGAGGAUGUGGCUGUGCACUUCACCUGGGAGGAGUGGCAGGACCUGGAUGAUGCCCAGAGGACCCUGUACAAGGACGUGAUGCUGGAGACCUACAGUAGCCUAGCGUCAUUGGGGCAUUGCAUCACCAAACCUGAGGUGAUCGUCAAGUUGGAGCAAGACGCAGAACCGUGGACUGUAGAAGCACCCCCAAACCAGAGCCUCCCAGAUGUGCAGACUGUGGGUGACCUGAUGGAGACCAGCCAGGAAAAUUACGGCAGACGUUUGUGGCAAGCUGUAAUCACCAACAGCAAAACAUCAACUAAGGAGAGAACUGACUUAGGAAAAACGUGUAAUCUGAGCUCAAUCUGUAUUUCAAAACUGAUUAUAAAUAGUGGAAACUGUUCAGGAAUGAAGCCAGAGGAGUUUAAUGCGUUUGAGAACACCUUUCUCCGUAGUGCACCUGAUGAGAUGCCUGCUGGAGAGAAAGCUGAGGACUGUCCUGUGACCGGGGAAUCCCUCAGAUGUGCUGAGCAUCCUAGUCAUCCUCAGGAGACUCAAACUGUGCAGCAGGCUUCUGCAUUUAGUGGACGAGGGAGAGGCUUCAACAAGGAGGCAGUAGUCCUUACACAUAGGAGGGCUCGCAUGGGAGGCACUGCCUGUAGAUAUAAUGGACACUGGCAAGCCUGUGAUGAGUCAGCUCUCAUUGCCCAAGAGAGACGUCACGUAGGGGAGGAUCGCGAUCGAUGUAACGAAUGGGGGAAGACCGUUUGUGAGAAACCAACACAACUGAGUCUUCACAGAGCUGAUUUCAAGGAGCAACACCAUAAAUAUAAUCAAAGUGGGAAUAAUUUUAGCAAGAACUUACAGCUCACUCAGCUUCAGAGAAUUCAGUUAGGAGAAAAAACUUUUCAAUGUAAUGUAUGUGGUAAAACUUUCUAUAAGAAGUCUAAUCUCACGAAACAUCAGAGAACUCAUACAGGGGAGAAACCCUAUGCAUGUGAUGAAUGUGGGAAAUCAUUCUACCAGAAGCCGGCUCUCAGUGUACAUCAGAGAAUUCACAGGGAGACGCCUCAUGAAUGCAGUGGCUGUGGUAAAACUUUCCAUAAGAAGUCAGCUCUCACGGCACAUCAGAGAACUCACACAGGAGAAAAACCUUAUGAAUGUAAAGAAUGUGGGAAAUCCUUUGGCCACCGGCCAGCCCUCACUGUACAUCAGAGAACUCACACAAGAGACAAACCUUAUAAAUGUAAUGAAUGUGGGAAAUCCUUCUGUGUGAAGCCAAAACUCACUGUACAUCUGAGACUUCACACAGGGGAGAAACCCUAUGAAUGUGAAGAAUGCGGGAAAACAUUCUACCAGAAGUCAAAACUCACUGUACACCAGAGAACUCACACAGGUGAGAAACCUUACAAAUGUAAUGAGUGUCGGAAAACCUUUUGUGAGAAGUCAACCCUCAAUAGACAUCAGAGAACUCACACAGGAGAGAAACCCUAUGGAUGUAAAGAAUGUAGGAAAACUUUCUAUCAGAAGUCAGCCCUCACUGUACACCAGAGAACUCACACGGGAGAGAAGCCCUAUGAAUGUAAUGAAUGUGGAAAAAGCUUUUGCCAGAAGUCACACCUCAGCAAACAUCUGAGAACUCACACAGGGCAGAAAUCAUGUAUGGUGGAGACUGGCUAUGUGUAUGCCAAAACUCACUUUCUUUUUCUGUUGGGCACACAGUUAGCCUGCGUUUCUCAGCCUCCUUUGACUAUGGGUUGGACUAUGUAACUGGCCAGGAGAAUAUGAACACAAGUGGUGAACAUUACUUCCAAGGCUGACUACAGAAAUACUUCCAUGCUCGGGGCCGGCUUUGUGGCUGAGUGGUUAAGUUCGCAUGCUCCACUUUGGUGGCCUGGGGUUCACUUGUUUGGAUACUGGGCAUGGACCUGCACACUGCUCGUGAAGCCGUGCUAUGGAGGCACCCCAAAUAGAAGAACUAGAAUGACUUACAACUAGGUACUGGGGCUUUGGGCAGAAAAAAAGGGGUGGGGGGGAGAUUGGCAACAGAUGUUAGUUCAGGAC